GGGGGAUGGAGAAGGCCGCCAAGACCCCGUCCCGGAGUCGCCGCCAGGGGGCGUGCGCAGGACAGAGAAAAGUUUCGCGCUUUGACCCCCGGCGCGGCCCGUCGCCCGUCGCUGCGGCGGGAAAAAUCUGACCGGACCGUCUGGGCCACUGCCUCUUUCUGCCUUUGAGCGUCUUCCUGAGCUGGUCCGCGUGAUGGAGGAGGAGGCGGAGGCCGAGGAGCAACAGCGAUUCUCUUACCAGCAGAGGCUAAAAGCUGCUGUUCACUACACGGUGGGUUGUCUUUGUGAGGAAGUCACCUCGGACAAAGAGAUGCAGUUCAGCAAACAAACCAUUGCAGCAAUUUCAGAGUUAACUUUUCGACAGUGCGAAAAUUUUGCCAAAGACCUGGAAAUGUUUGCCAGACAUGCAAAAAGAAGCACAGUUAACACUGAGGACGUGAAGCUCUUAGCCAGGAGGAGUAAUUCACUGCUAAAAUACAUCACAGAGAAAAAUGAUGAGAUUGCUCAGUUUAACCUGGAACGGAAGGCAAAGAAGAAAAACAAGUCAGAGGAUGUUAACAAAAGCUCAAGGGAAACAGUAGAAGCUGAAGCAGUGGACAGUGAGGACUGAGCUCCCACCACUGAGGCCGCUCUCUGCAGAGGGAGGAGUUACUGGGGAUGCUCAACCACUAAGCCACAUCCCCACCCUUUUUAUUUUGAGAUGGGGUCUCACUAAGUACCUGAGAACCUAAACAGAUACUUCUCAGAAGAAGAUAUACAAUCAACAAUUAUAUGAAAAAAUGUUCAUCAUCUCCAGCAAUUAGAGAAAUGAAAAUCAAAACUACUCUAAGAUUUCAUCUCCCUCCUGUCAGAAUGGCAGCUAUUAAGAAUACAAACAUCAGUAAGUGUUGGUGAGGAUGUGGGGGAAAAGGCACACUCAUACAUUGCUGGUGGAACUGCAAAUUGGUGUAGCCAAUAUGGAAAGCAGUGUGGAGAUUCCUUGGAAAACUGGGAAUAGAACCACCAUUUGACCCAGCUAUUCCACUCCUUGGUCUAUACCCAAAGGACUUAAAAAUAGCAUACUACAGGGAGACAGCCACAUCAAUGUUUACAGCAGUAUAAUUCACAAUAGCUAAACUGUGGAAUCAACCUAGAUGCUCCUCAGUAAAUGAAUAGAUAAAAAAAAAAUGUGACAUAUAUAUACAAUGGAAUAUUACUCAGCAUUAAAAGAGAAUAAAAUCAUGGCAUUUGCAGGUAAAUGGAUGGAGUUGGAGAAGAUAACACUAAAUGAAGUAAGCCAAUCCCCCCAAAACAAAUGUUGAAUGUUUUCUCUGAUAUAAGGAGACUGAUUCAUAGUAGGGUAGGGAGGGGGGAGCAUGGGAGGAAGAGAUGAACUCUAGGUAGGGCAGAGGGGUGAGGGGGAAGGGAGGAGGCAGGGGGUUAGCAAGGAUGAUGGAAUGUGAUGGACAUCAUUAUCCAAAGUACAGGUAUGAAGACAUGUAAAAAGAAGGUGGUUCAUUUUUUUUUUUUUUUUUGUAUAUA